CCCUCGUUUGGAUAAAAAUUCGUUUAUGGCAUCCCUAUUAUCAACCGAUUCACUUGUUACCAGUGUGCCUCGCUCACCUGCUUCCUUUCUCUCCCGAUUGCCUAUACGUCGACUUCCCGACGGCCGUCGCCGGUCCUUGGCCGGGAUACCAAGGCGUAUCUCCGCUCGAGAUCGUCGGAGACGAAAAGGGAGAUCGGACGGCGGAGAGGUGAUGGUGUCUUCAAGCGGCGCCUCUCCUCCGCCAAUAUGGCGGAGCGAGAAAGGCGGUACCGUCUCUGUCGUUGGAUACGACGAGGAGGAAGCGUUGCGUACGACUGAUCGGAAUUUGGGUGGUGUUGAAACGUCCAACAGUGGUUAUAGGAGCGGUAGCUCAGCAUCAUUGAAUACUCUCUCAGUUAAGGAAGCACCUGGGGAAAAUUUUCAGCAGAAAUACUCUAGUACAAAUCUUUUCAAGAAGACAAGUUCUAGGAUGAGUGCCAUAAAAUGUUUUGGGGUUGAUUUGUCACCAGAUAAUAUUGCUGUUGCGGUUGUAUAUUUUGUGCAGGGAGUACUGGGCCUUGCAAGGCUUGCAGUAAGCUUUUACUUGAAAGAUGAUCUCCAUCUUGAUCCUGCAGAAACAGCAGUUAUAUCUGGUUUUGCUUCAUUGCCUUGGUUGGUCAAGCCUCUUUAUGGAUUUAUCAGCGACUCCUUCCCACUUUUUGGCUAUCGGAGAAGGUCAUAUCUUAUUCUAUCUGGGCUUCUUGGAGCAUUUUCGUGGAGCUUGAUGGCCACCUUUGUUGACAGCAAGUAUGGUGCUGCGGCAUGCAUUCUUCUUGGAUCUCUUUCCGUUGCUUUUUCAGAUGUUGUUGUAGACUCUAUGGUUGUUGAAAGAGCUCGUGGUGAGUCACAGAGCACAUCUGGGAUUGUGUUUGGAAGGAAAAGCCUUGGCAUGGUACCAACCACUGAUAGGAAAUACUCGAGUUCGCAAGUAACCCAGAAAACAGAGGAAUUUGAACAACGUGAUAUAUUUUUACCGACAUUGUUCAUAUUCCUUUGGCAAGCUACACCACAUUCAGAUUCUGCCAUGUUCUACUUCACCACAAACAAGCUUAGUUUCACUCCAGAAUUCCUAGGGCGCGUCAAACUUGUUACUUCUGUGGCAUCCUUGGUGGGUGUUGGUACGUACAAUGCAUUUCUAAAGAAGGUUCCUUUAAGGAAAAUCUUUCUCGGGACAACCAUUAUUGGUUCAGCUCUUGGGAUGACUCAGGUACUUCUUGUCACUGGAUUAAAUCGAGAGUAUGGGAUAAGUGAUGAGUGGUUUGCCAUCGGUGACUCCUUGAUCAUAACGGUCCUCAGUCAGGCCUCAUUCAUGCCUGUGCUGGUUCUAGCGGCAAGGCUGUGCCCUUCUGGGAUGGAAGCAACUCUUUUUGCAACUUUAAUGUCUAUCUCAAAUGGUGGAAGCGUAGCUGGUGGUCUUAUGGGUGCUGGCCUGACUCAACUUCUUGGCAUCACCAAGGACAGCUUCGACAAUCUGUCUCUCUUAAUUAUUCUUUGUAAUCUCAGCUCACUACUGCCUUUGCCACUCCUUGGCUUACUCCCAGUUGAUAUUCCUGAAGAAAAGAGCUCUGAGAUCGAGCAAACUAAGUUGAGCUGAUGAUUAUGAUCUCCGAUUUAUGCUGCAGCUUGGUUGGUUCAUUUGCUCGGUUUGACACUCUGCUUAGGUUUCGUUUGGGACGGCUUUCUUAUUGCUUCUUGAAGCAGCUUUUUAAUAAUAAAAAAAAAAGUCGCUUUACGGAGCAAUAAAAAAGCCGUCCUAAACGAAGCUUUACACUCAAUCUAACUUAGAGAGGGCGGGCUUCUCAGAAUAAAAUCUUUGGGGCCAUUUUCUCGCCUUAUUGCAACUGACAUACAUAAUGUGUUUGAAUUUGGCUUAAAUUUGAUUCAGAGGCAAAUAGAAUCGUGAAGGAAGUUUCUCCACUGCAAAGAAAAGCAAGCUCUGCUACAGAACAUUUUGUUUGCUGCUAUUUCUGUUUUAGUUAAGCAUCUGUAAGUACAUCCGAAACCUUCUGUUCAUUACCUGUUUGAUGUCAAGAUGUUUUGCUGCUACGUUUGUACAUAAAAUUGUAGUACUAAAUGCUUUUUUGAAUGAGAGCAAAUUCAAAGAUGCAAAGCAUGCCACUGUUUUCAUUUCC